AUGGCCACGUGGCAAGCAUUCACUUAUCUCCCAACAAAUAGUUCACUUCUGAAUGCAAUGAAUCAUAAUUCAACUACUACAUUAUUACCAUUCUCUUCUACUCCAGGCUCCGAAUUAUGUUCGAAUCCGGAUGGAGAUGGAUAUGAAACAAAAUCUUCGAAUCAUAUUAAUUAUGGAUUAUACGGAUCUGAUAAUUCAACAUGUUUGACUCCGGAUUGUAUUCGAUUGGCAGCUAAUUAUCUGAAUAAUAUGAAUCGAGAUGCGAAUCCAUGUGAAGAUUUCUAUGAAUUUGCAUGUGGAAAGUAUACGACGAGGAAAGUAAUUGCAGAGCAUGAGAAGAAAGUUACAGUACUCAGUGAAAUGAAACGAGAAAUGGAUAGACAUCUCAAAAAUAUUCUCGAAAAAACAUCGCGAGAGAACGCAACUCGGUCAAUGAAAUUAGCUCAAAUCCACUAUGAUUCUUGUAUGGAUGAAUUUGCUCAAGAUGAUUUGGGAGUUCAACCGCUUAUGUCUUUAAUCUCGAAUCUUGGUGGAUGGCCACUUCUGACGAAUGCUCGAUUUGAUUCAAUUGAUUUUCAAUGGGAAGUUCUUGCUGGUCAUCUAGCAUUACAUGGUGUCGAUGGAAUAUUUCGAGUUUUUGUCCAUUCCUCGUUCGAUGACAGUAAUAAACAUGUGCUUAUGUUUUCACCACCAAAAUUGUUUCUGGAAAAGAAGAAAUUCUAUCGAGAAGUGCCUUCAUCAAACGUUUAUUUACAAUACUAUCGUCAAUAUAUUCUCUCACUUUUGUCCCUCUUGGGAGUUGAUAUGGAAGAUGAAACUGGAGUUAUCGAAUAUCAAGUUGAUGAUAUCAUUGACUUCGAGAGGAGAAUCGCCAAUUUGACUCGUAUCGAACUUUCUCGAAACCAUAGUUCCAUCAACAACAUGAUAACAUUCGGAGAUUUCAAAAAGAAGUACGAUAAAAUCAAUUGGGAAGCAUUCUUCAAUGAGGAAAUGAGAAGUAAUCUCGGUAGAAUGCCAGAUUCUCUUCUUAUUAAUGUUGUUGACGUCAACUAUUUCGAGAAUUUGUAUUCAUUGAUCAAAUCGAAACCAUUGAGUUCAAUUAACAACUUCCUCAUGUGGUGUUUGGUAUCAAGUUAUGAUUUCUAUCUGCCUGCCAAAUAUCGAAAACCCAUGUUGGAGUUUCGACAGAAAAUGUAUGGAGUUAGUUCUGAUGAUCCACUCUGGGAAGUUUGUGUCGGAGAAGUUCGAGAUAACCUUGCAAUGCCUCUUUCCACUGAAUAUGCUCACAAGUUUUUCACUCAAAGAGACAAAAAGAUUGCGGAAGACAUGAUUCGAGAUUUGAAAAAAGCAAUGGAACAGACGCUUUUAAAUGCCGAUUGGAUUGAUGAAUCAACGAGAGAAGCUGCAUUAAUGAAAUUGGAUGCAAUGGGUCAUAAAAUUGGAUUUCCCGAUUCUCUACUCAAUGAAACUGCCGUUUUACUUCCAUAUGCUGGUGUCAGAUUGACUGCGAAUCAAUUCUUUGAUAAUGCGAUAUCUCUGAAGAAAGCUGCUUACAGAGAUGCUCUGUCGAAACUUCAUCGUACUCCAUCAGUAAUUGACUGGGCUUCUCCUAUCAUCGCAGUGGACGCUUUCCAUUAUUUCACGGGGAAUGAAAUCAUUUUUCCCGCUGGAAUCCUCCAAUUUCCAAUGUUCGUUCCUGAUGCCCCUUCAUUCUCCAAUUACGGAGCAAUUGGAAUGGGAAUAGGUCACGAGAUAACUCAUGGUUACGACGAUCUUGGAGCACAAUAUGACGAUAAAGGGAAUCUACGUGGAUGGUGGCAUACAGAGACAAUGACAACAUUUCAGAAGAAGAAACAGUGUUUUGUCGCUCAGUAUGGGAGUAAAAUUGAACCACAGACCGGCAGAAAAGUUGAUGGAAAAAUGACGAUUGGGGAGAAUAUUGCAGAUAACGGAGGACUUCGAGUCGCGUUUCAAGCAUAUCAACUGAAAUUGGACAGAGAAAAAGAGACAAGAAGACUUCCGGGAUUGACAGAAUUCAGUCCAAAUCAAUUGUUCUUCUUGGCAUAUGCUAACACAUGGUGUGAAGCAUUGAAAUCAUCAGCAAUCGAUCAUAUAAUGGAUACAGAUGUUCACUCACUGGGAAUGUUCCGUGUGAAUGUUCCUCUUCAAAAUCUUCCAGCAUUUUCAAAAGAAUUCGAUUGUCCGAUUGGCUCUCCUAUGAAUCCAUUUGAAAAAUGUCGCAUUUGGUAG